AUGGCCGAAAAUCCUGGUCAACCAGCGGACGCAGCGGGUCAGCCACCAGCGGAUCAAGGGGGAGCAGCGGCACCAGCGGGUGGAGGAGGAGGCCCAGCAACAGCAACGUCUCUAACUGCCGAACCUGCUCAGGCCACAGUACCAGCUGCCGGCGGAAAAUCGACACAUAAGCUGCAGAAUCCUAGCGAGCAAAAGCUGAUCUUCAAAGUGAAAAGUUCCAACAACAAUGAGUAUCGUGUGAGUCCCGUGUUCGGAUUCGUUGAUGCAUCCGGCAAUGCGAAUCUCGAAGUAACACGUCUGGCUGGAGCUCCGAAGGACGACAAAUUGGUGGUACAAUUCGCGCCAGCUCCUCCUGACGCUACUGAUGCGCAAGCGGCGUUUGCUUCAGUGACGCCGCUCGGCAAUGUUACCAUCAACCUCAGCGCCACCUAA